GCGAGCGGCCCGGAGCCCGGCCCCUCCCGCGCCGGAUGUGAUGGCCGCCCGGGCGGGGGGGUGAGGAGCCAGCGCAGCGGCGGCCGAGAGCCCAGCGCGGCCCGGCACGGCCCUGACGAGCGCCGGCUUCUCCUUCCCCUCAGCGUCCCCUCCUUCCCGCCCCGGGCGCCGUAGCCGGCGGGGAGCGGCGAGGCGGGCGGCCCCGAUGCGGAGGAGCCGCCGGCGGGCGCCAUGCAGCCGCCGCCGCAGCCCUACGAGUUCUUCGGCGAGGAGAACGGCCCGAAAUGGCGGGGGCUCUUCGUGCCCGCCCUGCGCAAGGUUCAGCAACAGGUUCACCCAAACCUUUCAGCAAAAGAAGAUUCCCUCUAUUACAUUGAAGAGUUGAUACUUCAGCUGCUAAACAAACUAUGCAUUGCUCAGCCACGGACUGUCCAAGAUGUAGAGGAGCGCGUUCAAAAGACAUUUCCUCAUCCAAUAGACAAGUGGGCGAUUGCUGAUGCGCAGUCUGCUAUAGAGAAACGAAAAAGAAGAAACCCUCUCCUGCUACCUGUGGACAAAAUACAUCCUUUAUUAAAGGAGGUCCUAGGUUAUAAAGUAGAUUACCAUGUCUCUCUGUAUAUUGUGGCUGUCUUAGAAUACAUCUCAGCUGAUAUUUUAAAGCUGGCUGGAAACUAUGUUUUCAAUAUACGACACUUUGAGAUCUCCCAGCAGGACAUAAAAGUAUCAAUGUGUGCUGAUAAGGUUUUGAUGGAUAUGUUUGAUCAGGAUGACAUUGGUUUGGUUUCUCUCUGUGAAGACGAACCCUCUUCUUCUGGGGAACUCAACUACUAUGACCUAGUGAGAAACGAAAUUGCAGAAGAAAGGCAAUAUCUGCGGGAGUUGAAUCUGAUAAUAAAAGUAUUUCGGGAAGCUUUCCUAUCAAACAGAAAAUUGUUCACACCUAAUGAUAUUGAUGUGAUAUUUAGCAACAUUUCGGAUAUUCAUGAGCUGACAGUGAAGCUUUUAGGGUUGAUUGAGGAUACUGUUGAAAUGACUGAUGAAAGUAGUCCUCAUCCUCUGGCUGGCAGCUGCUUUGAGGAUCUUGCAGAGGAGCAAGCCUUUGAUCCAUAUGAAACCUUGUCCCAGGAUAUUCUCUCUCCACAAUUUCAUGAGCAUUUUAAUAACUUAAUGGCAAAACCUGCUGUUGCUCUCCACUUUCAGUCUACUGCUGAAGGGUUUAAAGAAGCUGUACGAUACGUCCUCCCACGACUCAUGCUUAUCCCAGUCUAUCAUUGUUUGCACUACUUUGAGUUACUACAGCAAUUGCAGGAAUGCAGUGAAGAUGAAGAGGAUCGGGAGUGCUUAAAACAAGCCAUUACUGCUCUUUUGAAUCUGCAGUGCAGCAUGGAGCGGAUUUACAGCAAACACUCCCCAAGACGUCGGCCUGGGGAGCCAGUCUGUCGCUUCUAUAACCGACAAAUAAGAAGCAAGCACUUGGCCAUCAAGAAAAUGAAUGAAAUCCAGAAAAAUAUUGAUGGCUGGGAAGGCAAAGAUAUUGGGCAGUGCUGUAAUGAAUUCAUAAUGGAAGGAAGCUUGACAAAAAUAGGAGCCAAACAUGAACGCCACAUCUUUCUCUUUGAUGGUUUAAUGAUCAGCUGUAAAACUAAUCACGGUCAAUCACGGCUUCCUGGUUACAGCAAUGCAGAGUAUAGACUGAAGGAAAAAAUUAUCAUGAGGAAAAUACAGAUUAUUGAUAAAGAUGACACAUCUGAAUAUAAACAUGCUUUUGAACUGGUGUCUAAAGAUGACAACAGUAUACUGUUUGCUGCCAAGACUGCUGAAGAGAAGAGUAAUUGGAUGGCUGCUCUGAUUUCCCUCCAGUAUCGCAGUACUCUGGAUAGGAUGCUUGAUUCAGUGUUACUGCAAGAAGAAAAUGAACAGCCACUGAGGUUACCUAGCCCAAGUGUGUAUCGUUUUGUAGUGGAAGACUCUGAAGAUAACAUUGUUUUUGAGGACAACUUGCAAAGCAGGAAUGGAAUUCCUAUCAUCAAAGGAGGAACAGUUGUGAAAUUAAUUGAAAGGUUAACAUACCAUAUGUAUGCAGAUCCUAAUUUUGUACGUACUUUCCUUACCACGUACCGCUCCUUUUGCAAGCCCCAGGAACUGUUGAGUUUGCUGAUUGAAAGGUUUGAAAUCCCGGAGCCUGAGCCCACUGAAGCAGACAGGCUGGCAAUUGAGAAAGGGGAGCAGCCUAUCAGCGCAGACCUUAAGCGAUUUCGCAAGGAAUAUGUCCAGCCAGUACAACUCAGAAUAUUAAAUGUUUUUCGCCACUGGGUAGAGCACCAUUUUUACGAUUUUGAAAGAGAUCUGGAGUUACUAGAGAGAUUGGAGACGUUUAUUUCCAGUGUAAGAGGAAAAUCCAUGAAGAAGUGGGUGGAAUCAAUUGCUAAAAUCAUCAAGAGAAAGAAAGCUCAAGCAAAUGGAAUUAGUCACAACAUCACCUUUGAGAGCCCACCUCCCCCAGUUGAGUGGCACAUUUGGCGUGUUGGGCACAGCGAAACGCUGGACCUCAUGACUCUGCAUCCUAUAGAAAUUGCUCGACAGCUAACGCUUCUCGAGUCUGACCUUUAUAGGGCAGUACAGCCUUCUGAACUCGUUGGUAGUGUGUGGACUAAAGAAGAUAAGGAAAUUAACUCCCCAAAUCUAUUGAAAAUGAUUCGUCAUACUACAAAUCUUACUCUUUGGUUUGAAAAGUGCAUUGUGGAAACUGAGAACUUCGAAGAGCGAGUGGCUGUGCUGAGUAGGAUUAUAGAAAUCCUGCAGGUUUUUCAAGAUCUGAAUAAUUUCAAUGGUGUUUUGGAGAUCGUCAGUGCAAUGAACUCUGUAUCAGUGUACAGACUAGAUCACACAUUUGAGGCACUACAGGAAAGAAAAAAAAGAGUUUUGGAUGAAGCAGUAGAAUUAAGUCAAGAUCAUUUUAAAAAAUACCUAGCUAAGCUCAAGUCAAUUAAUCCACCCUGUGUGCCUUUCUUUGGAAUAUACCUAACAAAUAUUUUGAAGACAGAAGAAGGGAAUCCUGACUUCCUUAAAAGACAAGGGAAAGAAUUAAUUAACUUCAGUAAGAGGAGAAAAGUGGCUGAAAUAACAGGAGAAAUUCAGCAGUAUCAAAACCAGCCUUACUGUUUACGGAUAGAGCCAGAAAUUCGGAAAUUCUUUGAAAAUCUCAAUCCUAUGGGGAAGAUACCAGAAAAAGAGUUUACAGAUUAUCUGUUCAACAAGUCAUUAGAAAUUGAACCUCGAAACUGCAAGCAACCACCUAGAUUUCCUAGAAAAACAACAUACCCCCUGAAAUCUCCCGGGAUAAGGCCCAAUACUGGCAGACAUGGCUCCACCUCUGGCACCUUGAGAAGUCAUCCAUUGCCACUUGAAAAGGAACCGAGUAAGAUAAGUUUCAGUAGAAUCACUGAGGCAGAGCAUGAAUCAACAGUAUCAGCACCAACUUCUCCAAACACCCCGUCUACACCACCAGUGUCUGCUUCUUCGGAGUUCAGUGUGUUUUUAGACAUUGAUCUCAACAGUUCUUAUGGUAACAAUAGCAUCUUCGCUCCUGUCAGUUUGCCACAGUCGAAGACUUUCUUCAGCUCGUGGGGUAGUUUUCCUAAACUAAGUGAUGAGCCUCAAAACCCUCCUCCACUUCCUCCACGAAAAAAGAUGGAUCAGGAUGCUUCUAAUGCUAAGGGAAGUUUAAAGCCGGACGACGAUCCUCCAGCAAUUCCACCUCGGCAGCCGCCACCUCCAAAGAUACAGCCUCGUGCUCCAGCUUACACUAACCCCUUUGACCAGCCGCUGCACAGCCCUCCUCCUCCACCCCCCCGGGACCCUCUUCCUGAUACUCCACCACCGGUACCGCUCCGGCCGCCCGAACACUUUAUCAACUGCCCUCUAAAUCUCCAGCCGCCUCCGGUGGGACGCUUGCACAGAGAUCCCGACUGGUUCAGGGAGGCGAGCACAGGCCCCAGCUCUCCCGGCACUCCUCCCAGCACACCCUCUCCCAGGGUACUGCGCCGCUGCUGCGUGCUCAGCGCCAGUCACAACAACCUGGUCCACCCGCCUGCGCCCCCGGUCCCACCCCGGCACAAUUCGAGCCCUCAGUUACCAAAACUGCCACCAAAGACUUACAAAAGGGAGCUCUCCCACCCUCCUUUGCACAGACUGUCUUUGCUAGAAAAUGCAGAAACUCCUCAAUGACCUUAGCCAUAGUAGUCAUUGACACUGGAAUAGUAUUUGUAAAGUUCCUUUUUUUUAUUUAUUCAAAAAAGGCAGUGUAUUUUAGUACUUUCACAAAUUAUGCUCUUAAAGUGCUGCUGAUCAA